AUGCAAUUGACGCUGGAGAAUCUCCAGACCCUUUUGACCGAUCUCACCUCCUUUAUUCACUUUUUCCUUGCUGUCGUUGUAUUGCUAAUCAUUCUUUUGGCGGCUCAUGCGUUUCCAUUCCACCACGACUACUCUUUUUUAACCACAGCCUUCCAUGUCGCUCGAUCUUGUUGUCACUAUCUCUCCAUUUACAACCUGCCGCUACGUUCGGGUAUUUGGUUGAGCUCAUCAGUCACCUCGGUUGCCAUGGAUGAGGACGAGAUCGGCAACAAGCAGCCUCCUGUUGAGUCGGUGUGUCUGUGCGAGGAUAUUGCUGCUGGGUCUACUACUCUUGUAUCGGGGCUGGUGAAUACAGGCAACUCAUGUUACAUCAACUCUGUUCUUCAGGUCUUGUCAUCAUUGCCACGUCUUCAACUCUAUUUGGAUUAUCAAAUGAAUCAACAACCACAAUCCCGACGACCAGUGACGUUUUCACUUGCAAAGACAUUACGUUUGCUCACACGACCACUCUCAAAACGCUCAACUUUUCGACCCAAAGAACUCGUCGCCGCAAUGAACAAUCGUCGUAUUAGCAGCCAUGAUCAGCAGGACGCCCAAGAACUAUUUCAGCUAAUCACGAGUGCUCUCGAUCUUGAAUGCCACCAGAAUACAAAGAAAUCAGCCGUCAGCUUAGGAUUGAAGGAUAUCUUGCAUUUCGAUGGUGAAAAGCCGAGCCGACGACGUCUUUUCUUUUCCCUCUUUUCUUCCAAAAACGACGACCCUCGGCUCGAGAAUCCGUUUACAGGCCUGUUGGCGAAUCGACUCUCUUGCAUGCAAUGUGGUUACACUGAGGCUAUUCGUCAUUUUUCUUUCAACAAUGUGCAAUUGGUUUUACCUGAUACCUACGCCACGACACUCGAUGAAUGUUUACGAGAAUUCACGGCAAUGGAAUAUUUGUCAGACGCCACGUGCCGCAAAUGUGCCUUGAUUGAUACAGUAAGCGAUAUGGCCGUUCAAGUGGAAACCAUGCAAGAACAAGCCAGGCAAGCUACAGCUGAUAAAGCCGAACGACGACGUAUCUUGACGGAGAUGGUGAAUUUGGAUAAGCAACGACGAGAAUUGGAACAUCGUUUGAAUGCGGGGCAAAUUCAUGAGGAGGAUGAAAAGUUGCGUACCGUGAGCCGAAUGUCAUGCAAACAAGCUAUGUUUGCCAAGCUUCCAAAGGUCUUGUGCUUACACUUGUCGAGAUCAACAUUCCAUCCAUCCGGUGCUAUACUCAAAAACGGUUGUCGCAUCUCUUUUCCCGAGAUAUUGGAUCUACAAGCUUAUUGCACCAAUGGCACGCUCAACACACAACCUGAUUUGCCGAUCUCCAAGGAUGAUAAUGGAAAGAGUGAUACUGGGAACAGCAAAUAUCGACUUAUGGGUGUGAUUGUGCACUAUGGCAGCCAUGAUUUUGGGCAUUUCAUUGCAUACAAGCGACGACUGGUGACGGAUGCGUGCAAUUGCUUCAAAUGUAAGAGCAACUGGUCAAUGCGAGGCGAUGACAGUACUUGGUAUCGGAUUUCGGAUGAACAAGUCGACUUGUGUACGGUGGAUGAAGCUUUACACAGCAAUCCCUAUAUGCUUCUUUACGAACAAAUCGAGCCCGUUGAACCACCUGCAGCAUGUACAACACCAUCACUGCUAUCAGCAUUGCAUCACCCGUCGCUUAAUAAUUCUUCCUCACCCACCAUUAUCACAUCUACGAACCUUCCUAGUGGUCGACGGAGGAAUAGCACCAUGGAUGAACAUGAACCUCUGAUAUCAACAACUCAUUUACCAUCUAUUUCACCAUCACCAGCAGCCACAGCAGCAGCGUCAUCCUCUUCUUCACACAACUUGCCAUUUUAUGGAUCAUGUUUAACACGACGAGAUGAGCGAUGGAAUGAAGCAGUCGCCGACCGGAGACAAAGCGCACCCGUCAUUCGCGUCUAA